GUUCAGAUGACAUAGACGAAAUUAAAAAACAUGAAAUUAGUUAUUGGCUUGAUAAAAUAAAAAGUCCAGAUGACGUAGACAAAAUUAAAAAAUAUCAAAUUAGUUAUUGGCUUGAUAAAAUAAAGGAUUCAGAUGAU